AUGCGAGUGGAGGGUGCAAACAGGGUCGGAGUGGCGGAGGUAUGGCGGUUCGCGGGGCGAGCAGGUGUUAGGGCUCUUUCGCAGGUCGCUGUGGCUCUGAGAUGUGUGGGAGAUGUGGACGUGUCGCUGCGGGAGGUGGGAAGGUCACGGAGUGAUCUAGGUUUUCGUGGAAUCACGGGGUUGAUGGUACAUUGGCAUUGGGCGCUAUGGGGCGAGGAUCGGAUUUGCGAAGUCGAGAGGGUGCGGGUCCCUUAUGACCCCUUUCAUUGGUUGGUGCUCGUGCUGGCAACCGGGUUGGAGUGUAAGUUUAGAGGGUUGCAUCAGGAGUACGAGGUAUUGCUACGAAGCGGGCGGGUCUCCGUGUCUCUCAUAAUGAAUGAGGCCAGGAAUCGGAAGGAGAGAACGGAGAGGCAACGUCCCCUAGGCGACAUUAACAGACGCGCCAUGGCGAGGCCGCCAUUGUCUCCGGCGGUGGAGAUCCCCGUGAAGCGGCCCUCAAGGGCUUGUUCUUCGCGACGACGGCUCUCGAACUCGUCGGAUGGCGGGGGUUUUGUUUCGUCGCCCACCCCUCCCCUGCCGAGAACGUCGUCGAAGGUGUCGAAUGAGAGAAGCUUUUCGGCUGAACUGCCUCCUUCCCGAGCGAGUGCGAGCCGGACGGGCGUGAGGGCGGUAUCGCUUGCAUUGGAUUCGACAAUGUCUCCAGAGCGGAUGGAGCUUCGGGGGCUGUGGGAGAUGGCCGCCGUGAUGAACUUUUUCUGCGUAUUUCGGCCCAUUAUCAAUAACUUGCCGGAGUUCACAAUGGACGAGCUGGAGUCCGCGAUGCUGUUUCCGAAUUCGACAUUAGACACGAUUCACGUGGUGAUGUUGAAGGGGGUCCCACCUGCAGCCAGAGUUCCUCUUCGAGGCGAUACGUGGCCGACCGUUCUGAGCAAGAAGUUCAAGGAUUGGUGGUGGAGGGUAGCCGAAGGUCCGUGUCCUCUGUUACCGUGCCAAGGAGCGGAGCUGGCGACCUACAUGGAUUUGGACCCUCCGACUCGCGUGAGAGUGCUGCUGGCGCUGUGCGAGAUGCGCGUGGAGCAAGAGGAUGCUCGUUUCUACAUUGAUGACUCAGUGAAACGGAGCCAAAUGGCGGAGGUGCGGAAGGAGCGGGCUGGUUGCGGGGCGGAAGGAACGACAUUUUGGCUGGAGGAGGAUGAGAUGCUGGGGCAGAGACUGUACAGGGAGGGACAGGCGAUAAUGCCGCAGCCACCGUCGAAGAAUAAGGCCAGGGGUUGGGGCAGGGGCAGAAACGUGCCACCUCCAGAUCCAGGGAGCUGGGAGACUUGCGCGACGAAUUUCGAGGAGUUCCAGGAAGUAUCGAGUCGGCUGUUGGAGAGUCGGAAUCGAUUGGAAGCGGCGAUGGGAAAGAAGCUGAUGCAGAGUCUGAUGCCCCAAUUGGAAGAGAUUCAAAAGAAGAAGGACCGGCUGGUGAAGAAGCAGCAGCGGGAGGCGGUGCUUCUGGACAACAUGUUGGCAGGGAAUGGGCUUGCAGCAGGAAGGUCACGCAGGGAGCGGAAACCGGUGACGUAUACGUUCGAUGAAUUCGAUCGUUCUAUCAACGAGGCGAUCAAGUUCACAAAGAAGGGCGUGUCCGACACUUCGUUGAGGCGGGAAAGCCUGCGAUUUGGCAAUGGCGUGAACGUGGCGGGCCAUUUUGGGAAGGAGCGGAAUGGUAAUGCCGCAUAUGGUCAUGGCGGGUAUGCUAACGGGGUUGGUGCGGUUAGACGAUCGUCACGCAAUGCGCAGUCACAUCCCGGAGUAGAGUUUGGGGCGGAGGAUGAGGGCGGGGUUGCAGGUUCGGAACCGCAUCUGGUGGAGGCUGACCUGGGGUUUAGCGACGAUGAGAUAGAAGGAGAGGUCGUGUAUCACGACGAUUACCUGGCUGCCAGGCAACACAAAGAGAGGAGCUAUUCCUCGGAGAGAGGCGAGAGCUUGAGAGGACAUGACCAGGAUGAUGUCGAUUUUGAUGAGGUUGGAGAGAAAGAUGGCGAGGAAAGUGAGGAUUACGGAGGUGGUAGCGGUAGCGGAGGCGAUAGCGAUGGGAACGAGGAGCGCGUGAAGAAACGGCAAAGGCGAGGUCCGAAGGUGAGGCUAGUGAACGACCUUUCUCGAGAAGGUGCAUACCGAAACGCCAGACCUGUUCCUGAUCGGGAUGGAGGUGGGGGUCGGGGUAGCGAGGAAGAGGCUAGUGAUUCAGACGAGCGGAUCGUGAGAGACACGCAACAGCGGCUACGGGUGGGCGAAGGAGCGAGAACGGGGAGCGAUGGUCGAGGCGUAGGUGGUACCCUCACGGAGAGAGGUGACGCAGGGUUUGAGGAGGCAAGCGAGGCAAGUGGCAGUGGGUGCAGUUCCCAAAUGCGGAAUGGUAAAGGUGGGGACAUGUUCCAAGAAGAGAGGAAGAGGGGCCACGCAUCUUCGAUGGGUGACGACGCUCAGUCCGUAGGGCACUCCAGGGAACAGUCGGCAGAAUAUUCAGCACGAUCGGGGUCCGGGGAGGAUCAGCAAGAAGCAGGGUCUGUAGAUUUCGACGAGGAGGAAGGCAUGGGCCAGGAAGUGGAGAGCAGUAAAGGUACGGGGAGACGAAGGCAGCUGCUCGAUUUGAACGAGGUUGCCACGGCGGCCCGCGGAAGCAGUCCUGUGUCGGACAAUGGGGAGAGUGAACAUUCGGACGACGAAGGGGAAGACGGGCAUGGUGACGAGAUGCAUAGAUGUUUGUGUUCUGGAACGCCGUUGACAGCACUCGGCACUAAGUAUAUUCUGCACACGGCUGUAUCUUUCAGUUGUACUGAUGGUGAGGAAGGUGUGGUGUUGUCAGCAAGUGAUGAUCGGUUCAAAUGUAUGCGUGUGUGCCAUCGAGUUGGGGUCAAUUCACUGUUGUUCAGAGACGAAGACACCGCUUCACCAAGGUCCUUUGGAUAG